AAAUAAAACCCUCUUGUGCAGUGUAGGAAAAAAGUAAAUAAAUGCUGCAUUCUGCUGUAUUUGAAGUGCGCCAGCAUUUGUGCUGUGUAAAUGUUUUCCUAAAAUUUAAACAAUCUUUAAAUGAAACAGAAUCUCUAAAAAUUAAUGUGGACGAGACCAAAGUGCAAUUACAAAAUCCAAAAUGUAUUGCUGAGAUAUUUGUCAACAAAUACUUUACGAUUUUAGCGGGAACAUUUAGCAACUUAAUUGUUGAUUUGGGAAAUGCUGCAUUUCGUAUUAGCAUAAAAGAUGUUCAAAUAAAUGACUCGCAAAAUCAAAAAGAGGAAAAAAUUGCUGGGCAGUUGAAUUUGGUGGAGCAAGACGUGGCAUCGGUGCUGUGUAGUAAUUGUAAAACAACUUUGGUAGUUUCACAAAAGUAUGAGAAAAUACGAGAAUUUCCUUCGGGAGCCAUAGAUGUAAGUGAAUUUUUUUGUCAUCAUGGUCCCAGCUUUAAAGAUGUUUUAGUGCCCGGCUCAAAGGAUUUGUUUUAUGGAUUUCAAUUUAUUGUACUGAACAGAGAGGUUAUAGAAAAUGCCACAAGGGAAAAGGAAAAUCAUCUCUACUGUAAAAGAUGUUUAAGAUAUUUAGGAGAAACCCUGUUUAAUGGCCGAGCCGCCAAAUUGUGGUGUGAUUCGUUACGUUUGAAUUUAAAAGAUAAUAUAAUGGAUAUUUUUGCCUCCAGUGCUCAAUCACAAAUUCACAAACUUAUGCUUAAGGUCAUAGAAGAAACCUCAUUACCCUCACAGGAACCUCUAUUAAGAAAUAUGCAUUUUACCAAAGUUUUAUUGGAAGCUAGUUUUCCUGAUCGUCUCUCGCAGUAUUUACUUGUUCAUAUUUUGGAAAAACAUUUGCCGAUUUUAAGGCUAGAAAAAUGUGAAGAGGACUUAACUACUGAAUUAUCUGCAAAUACUCGCAUUGAACUGAAGUCAUGUAAAGCCUUUAAAGUACUUUAUCGUUUGAUAGCUUCUAAAGACGAAGAAGCUAUCAACAAUAAUGAUGAGGAGUCAAGUAAAUGGCCACCAUUGCUAGAAUACUGGCAGCAGGAUAUUAAUAUUUUAAAAAUGAAAAUUUCACCUUUUCUAUUUAGCGCUUUUCAUAAAGAAUUAGGACAAAAUAUUAAUGUUUUGCCCGAAAUAUAUCGCGUAAAUAAUGAUGACUUCUUGCUUAGUUAUAUAUUUUAUUGAUUUAAUAUAAAAUGAGACUGAAAAAAUGAAUGUAAAGUUAAAAUGUAAAGCCAAUUAAUUAGGGUUCUCAACUAAAACCCAAGAUAACUUUCAAAUAUAAUUCAUUAUUUCUAAACUCUUUUUGGAAGAUAAUUUGUUUAUAAUUGACUAAUUUCCAAUUUAUAAAAGUGUUCUCCCUUAAAUCAAGUUUUGGACUUCAUUUAUAAUAUGUUUACUUUCAAUAUUAAACGAUUUUCAACUGGCACAUUUGUACUUCCCUUAAAGCUAUAUAAAUUUAGAACAAUUGUUAUGUUUUUAUAAGAGUUUUUAUAUAUAUUUAUUUACUAUUACAACAAUAACAUAAUAAAAACUAUUUUAAAAAAAUUAAUAAGGAAUUGUAAAUUAUUUUGAAUACAUAUAACGUUGCCAGCUUGGAUUUACAUUUCAAGAUAUGGAAGUCAUUGCAAUGUUUAAUGAAAGCUUAUAUAUUUUUAGAUAUUUUGCAAAAAUUAGAUUUGUUUUAGUAAUUGGCUGAAUGUCAAUAAUUUGACUCAUUCCAACUGAAACCCAUAAAUCUAUUAAGUACUAAAACCUUAAAAUAAUUAUCAAAAUAACAAUGUUUUAAAACAGACAAUAAAACUAAAUAAACAAACUUCUUAAAAAAA